CUGUCUUUGUCUGGGACCGCGCGUCCGAUCGGCUUCGUUUCUGGCCGCUGAGCGCUGCCAUGUUUUUCCCCAUCUCACGUAUAGGAAAUGAAGGAGAAGAAGGAGAAACUGGAGGAGAAAGCAGUCCACAAAGAAAAGAAGAAGGAGGUAGUAGAGGAUGAGGAAAAUGGAGCUGAAGAGGAUGAGGAAGAGAAUCCAGAGGAAGUGGAUGAAGAAGAAGGUGGUGAUGAGGAUGACGAAGGAGACGAAAAUGGGCAAGAGCAGGACGGACAUGCAGAAAAACGAUCCGCAGAGGAGGAAGAGGAUGAAGUGGAUCCAAAGAGGCAGAAGACAGAAAAUGGGUCCUCCGCUUGAGUCCUCCCCUCCCAUUUCCUCUGUUCCGUCCAUCUCUCCUCCUCCAUUCCAGCCUGUGCUUGCACUGUUCAUUAGCCUCUGGCUUCACACAAUCUCAGAUGAGGAAAGGUU